AUGUUUGCCUGUCGCAUCCGAGCGCAGGUGCAAGAUUUCCUUCUAAACCGACGGAUCUUUGAUCUCGUGCACGACGAUUCGCCGGUCACCAACGCUGUCCGCAAGUGGGGCCGUGUGCAGCUAUUGGCUAUGCAGAAGCGACCGUCGGAAGGCGCCGUUCGCGAAAUCGUACAGAGCAUGGGUCCAGAAUUUGUCAACACCGUGCUUUGCAGGAGUUUUCUCAGCUUCUUUCCCUCCCCUCUGCAAUCGUUGAUGCUGCCAGCAACUGGCCAUACAGUGGCUGCAGCUGAUGAAUGUUUGUCCAAAGCAGGUGGCCAUCCCAGGCCAAAUAAAUCGGAGGCCUGGCUUCAGCAGGACGGGCGCCCUGAUGCCCCGCCGGUGUCAUGGAUAGUGCGCUUCAUCCAGCAGAGAAAUGAGGCCAAGAUUCAGAAAAUCACGCAGCCCGAGCUGUUGCCGCUCGUGGUUCCCAACAUCCUACCUGCCAUCAGGACAUAUACCCAUUCAGUGGUACGAUGGCUCAAGGUGCUUGCUGCGACAGCCGGAACUGGCUGUCUGGUUUCUGCUGCCCUUUUUUUCCGCGGUUGGGGAAGCAGAGCAUUGCUCGAGGGUUUGGCUGCUGGCGGCCUUGUGGCAAAACCCAGCGACGAAGCCGCACGCAAAGCGUCGCGUCUUGCAGCGGCUAUCAGCCUGCUCAGUGCAGGUGGUGCGGUUGUAGUCGCGAUGUCUUGCGAGCGAGUCAGCCGGCUUCAGCAGGACUUGAAUACCGUCCUGCGGCCUGAUCGGCCUUUCGAGCCAGAGCGGGAAGCAUCUCCACCGAGCUCAGAGGUUGAGUCUCAAGGCGAGUGUUCUCCUGUUCAGUGUCAGCAUCCGGCAGCCUCGCGACUGAAGUUCCCGCAAGGGCAAAGCGAUGCCAAUGCUACAGCGUUUCUGCUGCUCAAUGAUGUGCUAGUACAACGCUACCUGGCUGUGCUGAUGGCUGACACUGGCAUCGAGGAUGCCUCUGAGUCUAGCGCCGGUGAAGACCCUGCUCCUCCUCCCGCCUUCACUGCGAGCCCCACUCCGUUUGAGAAAAUCUCCUGUCUAGGCGAGGGUGCUUUUGGAGCUGUCUGGCUUGCUCGCUGUCGAGCGAGUGGCAAGAAGGUCGCUCUCAAGGAAGUUCCACGACACCUGGCAGAUCCUUUACUGCUGCGCCCAGAACGAGAUGUGCUUCAUGAGGUGGCUGCGUCCAAAGAGAACGGGACAUGGGUCAGCUCUGCUCUGACCGCACUUGUGGCAUCCUUCACAACCUCGUUUGCUAUAUGCCUUGCAAUGGAUUUGGUAGAAGGUGCCCACUUGAUGGAGCAUCUUCGCGCAGCACAGGGCCAUCUACCUGAGCCACAAGCAAAGUGGUACGCUGCGGAGAUCGCCUGUGCACUGCGUUGGUUGCACUCAGCGGGUUGGUUGUACAGAGACUUAAAACUGACAAAUGUCAUGGUUUCACUGUCAGAGGAGUCUUAUGGGCGGGUGAAGUUGAUCGAUUAUGGAUUUGCCUUUCGUGGUGUUUGGUGUGACAAAGCUGUCGGCACAUUACGAACAAUGGCGCCGGAGGUUAUUUGCUGUGCAGACUCCGAAUGGCUGGAACACCUGAAGUCUGCAUGCCCGGCUUUGACAACCCUGACCGGCUACGGCCCAGCUGCGGAUUGGUGGUCUUUGGGAGUUGUUCUCUUUGAGCUCCUGGCCGGGAUACCGCCUUUUGGAUACCGAGAUGACCUUGUUCUGGAAGGCUUCCAGGCCUUGCAAGCUCAGCUCUGCACGCCUUGUCUGCCAUGGCCUGAAACUUGUGCCGCAAGUGAUGCAGCCAAAGAUGCUGCCAACUCUUUCUGUCAGAUAAAUCCUACAGACCGACUUGGAUCUGCUGACGUACGUCACUUUGAGUUCUUUGCGUCGGUCGACUGGCCUGCAGUUGACUCGCAAGGGAUGCAAGGACCUGUCUUCGACACCACCUUGGGGCACACAGCAGAAUCCGCAGCUGCGGAUCCCUGCCGACCAAGACGUGGGGCAUUGCCGGUGGCCUGUGAGGAUCCAGAUCCUUUUGCUGACUGGUGA